UGAAGUGUGUCUCACGCAAAUUGAUUUUCUUGUUUCUCUCACAAGAAACAGGAAAGUUUAAAAUAAAAUGAAAAACAACCCUGCCACACUCCAACUCUCUACACCAAAAACAAAAAACACUUUGAUCCAUCAUUGAAAUUCUCAACUUCUCAUUCACUCUUUCUACAUUUUACGUUACUCUUUAGGACGAACCAGUCUUCUUUCUAUCACUACAAGAAACGUAACAGAAAAAACCUAUCACUAUUCUUUGCUUACCCUCACUUCAACUUUAUGAUCCACUAUGCGCAUCCACACCAAACUCCAUGCACCUCCACCACCUCUCACUCUCUUACUCCUUUAUCUUUCGUUAUUCUCUCCGGCAACCGCUCAGCCAUCACAGACUUUAUCGCCACCGCCGCCGCAGCAAGAUCCAUUUGCGAGAAUGAAAUUCGAUAAAACCAUGGCAUCAGUUCUUAUCAUCCUCGUCAUUGUUUUCUUCACUCUAGGCGUUAUUUCCAUCUACACUCGUCAAUGCAGAGAGCAACGAAUCAGAGGAAGGAUUGAUCUCGCCGUUCCGAUCAACGGCGGCGACGGUUACAGACGACCGUACGGACUCGAUCCGGUGAUUAUUGAGAAUUUUCCGAACUUUGUUUAUUCUGAGGUGAAGGAUCUGAAAAUUGGAAGAGUCACGCUAGAAUGCGCCGUGUGCUUGAACGAGUUUGAAGAUGAUGAAACGCUGCGUUUGAUUCCGGUUUGUAGCCACGUGUUCCAUCGUGAGUGUAUUGAUGCGUGGUUGUUGCAUCACUCCACGUGUCCGGUUUGUCGAGCGGAUCUUGUUCCCGAUCCGAAAGACGAGUUGUUGUCUUCUUCAAUCGUGAUUCAGAUCUCGGAUACGGAUUUGGAUGAACCGGUUUUAAAUCAUGAACCGGAUUUGGUUGAACCGGUUGGUGUGGAUGACAAUGAGAAUGACAAUGACAAAACAAAAAUAGUAAAAAUGGCUCCAGGGGUCAAUUUAGAUGGAAUAAUGAAGAAACCGGUUCGGUCGAAUUCUAUGGGUUUAAUGUUUGCAAGAAUGUUCUCCCGGUCUAACUCGAUUGGUCAAUUGACGAUUCGGGCGAGUGAAGAUUGCGAGCGGUUCACGUUAAGAUUGCCGAAUGAAGUUCAUAAUAGGCUUGUGAAUGACAUGAUAUUGAACCGGACGAAAAGUUUGGGUGGGGAAAUUGCACUGCAAAGUGAGAGGAGGGGUUUUAGAACGAGCAGUGUUGGGAGGAAAUUUCUAAGGUACGAGCGGUUCAAUGUGGAGAACCGGGUGGACCGGAGUGGGUUCGGUUGUGGUCCGUCUUUCUUGGGCCGGGUUGGUUCAAUGAGGUUAACUAAGGAUGUGAAUAAAGUAACUAUGGGUGUUGUGAAUGAAGGUUAUGUUGAUGUUGAAGAACGUUCUUCGAGUCGAUUAGUUCAUAAUAUUGAGGAUUGAGUUAUUAUGAUUGAGAUUGGGUGUGGAUGAAAAUAAGUUUACUAUUAAAAUUUUAAUUUUAAUUUCAUAAUUAUAUAUGUAUGUUGAUGGAGCUAUAGUUUCGUGUUCAUAGAUUUAAAAUUUUGAUUUAAUUCGUGUUUAUUUAUAGUUCAAGAGGAAUGGCAUGAUGGGAGGUGAGUUAAAAAACAUCAAAGGCAAUGAAAAGACUCGCGAAUGUGUCAAACAGUACUUCCUAUAAUUACUCCCUAUAGUCUUAUCUUAGAAGAAACCAUUAUAGAUGUUGUACGUAAUAUAGGAAGUAAUUAAUAUUCAUUGUUUUAAAUUGUUUUUUUUACCCAAUAUAAGAAAGUAAUUGAUAUGCAU